GAGUAGACUUCCGUUUUAAAGUGUGACCACUUCCGUGUUGACCCACGCUUUGCAAGUAGCCCGUGAGGGAUGCAAGAUUAGCGAUUUUAUUUAUACAAAGAAAGAUGAGGCCGCUAACAGAAGAAGAGACGAAGACAUUGUUUGAGAAGCUGUCUAAAUAUAUUGGAGAAAAUAUAAAGCUCCUCGUGGACAGACCGGAUGGCACGUAUUGUUUCAGGCUUCACAAUGAGCGGGUAUAUUAUAUGAGUGAGAAGAUUCUCAAAUUGUCCACAAACAUUUCCCGGGACAAACUGGUAUCAAUUGGCACUUGUUUUGGCAAGUUUACUAAAACGAAGAAGUUCCGGCUACACAUCACAGCUCUGGAUUUCCUGGCGCCAUAUGCAAAGUUCAAGGUGUGGGUGAAGCCUGGAGCCGAACAAUCUUUCCUGUAUGGGAAUCAUAUACUGAAAUCUGGACUGGGGAGGAUUACGGAGAACACUACACAGUACCAGGGCGUGGUGGUUUACUCCAUGGCUGACGUUCCCCUGGGUUUUGGAGUGGCUGCCAAGACGACCCAGGAGUGUCGGCGAGUGGACCCUAUGUCGAUAGUGGUGUUCCACCAAGCUGAUGUGGGGGAAUUUAUUAGGAAUGAAGAUGCAUUGACAUAAAUCACAAUUUAAAUAGUAAGCUCGCUCAACAGCCCCCUCCCACAAAUCCUUCUAUACAUGCCAUUUGUAUUAAAUCCUACUUGUGAUGAUUUGA